CAUCUGUGCAACGAUCACGUCGGACGCAAGAGCACCAACAACCUCUGCCUCACUUGCAAAUGGGAGGCCUGCGACGUCAGCUGCGCCAAGCGCGACCACAUCACCUCCCACCUCCGCGUCCACACGCCCCUCAAGCCGCACUCGUGCGAUUCGUGCGGCAAGACGUUCAAGCGACCCCAGGACCUCAAAAAGCACGAGCGCAUCCAC